AUGGCUCACCAAGAGGAUCCCAAACUUCUACCUGACGUUAUAGACGAAAUUGCAGCAACGGAGCCGGAAUCGCUCUACGGAAAAUAUCCAGUUGAUCCAUCAAACUAUGAUGCCGGGUUUAAAGAUGUCACAUAUCGCCAGUUAGCCAAUGCUAUAAAUGGAGUUGCUCAAUGGCUAGAGAACGAAAUUGGACGCGGGGACCAGGAGCGCACUCCUACCAUCGCAUAUAUAGGGCCUAACGACUUUCGUUAUAUCUUCGCCUUCGUAGGCGCUAUCAAGGCCGGAUAUAAGAUAUUCCUUACCAGCCCUCGCAACACUGUUGCGGCUCAUUUGUCUCUACUGGAAAAUCUAGAAUGCACCGAGAUCAUCGUAUCCGGGCCGGUCCCUUCCUCUGUAGAUGAAAUACUACAGAGGAGGGAGAUGCGGUUGCUGAAGAUGGAAGAAAUUGAGCAUCUCCUUAGCCAUAAUUAUGAGCCGUAUCUCUACCAAACAACACUGGAAAAAGCUAAAGGGGAUGGAUCAUUCGUCUGUCAUACUUCUGGCACUACUGGAAUCCCCAAACCAUGCAUAUACACCCACGAGUUUAUCCUCCGGACAGCCAGGACCUUGUCGCUCUCGCCUCCAAAUGGUUACACACUAUUGCAAUCUCACCUGGGCCACAACACCCACAUACUAUUGCUUCCUCUUUUUCACCCUGCCGGUGUACAGCUUGCCAUUAUUAAUGCCAUUUAUAACCGCUGCGUUGUGAUCCUACCAUCAUGGCUAGGCCCUCCUUCUAUCGAGAGUCUCCUCGGUAUUUCAUGUAAUGUGGAAGCUGACUGGGUAAUGACGGCGCCUUUUACUUUGGAGGCGCUUGCCAAAGAUGAGACAAUGCUGGAUCAUAUUGCCUCCAGACUCAAGAUGAUUGUAUUUGCUGGAGGUGCUCUCCCAAAGAUGCUAGGAGACAUCAUCGCACAGAAGAUCCGGCUGGUGACUUUCUUGGGGUCGAGUGAAACCGCAGGGCUUCCGAUUAUAUACCCGGAGGACCUCGAUACGGCGAAGGACUGGGAGUAUAUGGCGUUCCAUCCUAAAAUUAACGCCGUACUUGAGCCCCGAACUGAGGAUAGCUUCGAACUUGUCCUAAAGAAAUCGGCGUCCACUCAGCCAUACCAACCAGUCUUCGAUAGAUUCCCAGAGCUAGAGAGGUUUAAUACCGGCGAUCUAUUCAAGCAGCAUCCCACGAGGCCUGACAUGUGGGCACAUGCAUCACGAGCAGAUGAUAUUAUUGUCUUUCUCAACGGCGAGAAGACAAACCCCGUUUCAUUUGAGAACCAUCUGAGCAAGCACCUAGAUAUUGAAGGGGCAGUAGUAUUCGGAAGCCAACGAUUCGAGGCUGGAGUCCUUAUAGAGCUUAAGGAUAAAAGCACGCUGUCGCCAGAAGAUAUAGAAGACUGGAUUAAAAGGCUAUGGCCGAUCAUAGAAGAGGCCAACCAGGACGCACCGACGCAUGCUAGAAUAGCAACAUCUCAUAUUUUAUUUUCGACGCCAGAGAAACCAUUCCUACGGACCCCCAAAGGCACUGUUAUGAGAAAAGCUACGCUAGACCGAUACGCCGAAGAAAUCAACAAUUUGUAUAAAGAAGUCGAAUCUACUAGCGUCGAGUCCUCUACCAACGCGGGGAGCCAAGUUGACCUGGAUGACUUGGACGCCGUACUCGCUGUGGUUCGAAAGGCCUGCGAAGAAUCAACAACGCUUCAGGAAAUAGGGAUAAAUGACGAUCUACUAGCUCGUGGGAUUGAUUCCCUUCAGAUCUUGCGACUGUGCCGGAAUCUUAGGUCGAAAACUAACGUAGAAAAUCUGAAGCCCGUCACGAUUUACUCGAACCCUACACCUAUUAAGCUUGCUAAAGCAAUCCAAAAAGCAUCUAAAGGGCAUGAGCAUCCUUUAAAUGAGCAAGAUAAGCGCAGGUCAGGCCUUGAAGAAACUCUAGCGUUAUUUACGCGCCGUAUCGACCAACUGGCCGAGACUCGGCCCCAGACAGCAAGUAGGGAGCAAGGUGAAGGUACUUCCCAUGUCUGUAUUGUGACGGGAACAACAGGCUCCAUAGGGGCAUACAUUCUUCGGGCGCUUAUAGAGAAUGAGCACAUCAAUACUAUCUACUGUCUAAACCGUGGCUCCGACUCUGCCGCAAGGCAGCGCAUCAACAACGCACAAGUCGACCCCCAACUGCCCACAGCGUUCCCAAAGACUGUUCACUUCAUCGAAGCAGACCUGUCCCAUGAUACCUUCAAUCUCGAACCGGAGCUCUUCAAAGCGCUAUCUUCGUCAACCACGCUCAUUGUCCACAAUGCCUGGUCUGUCGACUUUAACCUUCCUUUGCCAGCAUUCGCGAAGCACCUCACAGGCGUUGAAAACUUAUGCAAGUUCUCUUUCCAAAGCCCUCAUCGCCCGGCAAUUAUGUUCCUGUCUUCUAUCAGCGCCGUCAUGGAUCUAGCCCUCAGCUCUGGCAAACCGGUUCCCGAAGAGAUAUUCGACGACUUGUCAGUCCCGGCUGCGGCUGGCUACGCCGAAAGCAAAUACGUAGCCGAGCGUGUGCUAUAUCACGCUGCUGAAAAACUUCGUAUACCUGUCCUGGUGGCGCGCAUCGGCCAAGUGUGCGGUGCGACUCGUAGUCCAGGGCGAUGGAAUCCCAAGGAGUGGAUUCCGCGUCUCAUUUCCGGUUCUAUGCACCUGGGUGCCAUUCCCGAUUCACUAGGCGCAUAUGGUACAGACAUAGAAGAUGUAGAUUGGAUUCCAGUCGAUGUGCUUGCAGAUGUCAUUAUCGAGAUUCUACUCAAAGGGGCUACUCCAAGCCGCGACCAACCAAGUCGUCCCCAGGUCUAUCAUUUGAUGAAUCCAAAGCUCACGAGCUGGUCCAAUCUCCUACCUGCUAUUUUGGAAGUAUCUAAGGAUCUCAAACUAGGAUCAGACCAACAUGAGAACGUCGGCAAAGCCCCACUGGUUGUCGUCUCCCGCGAGGAAUGGCUAAGAAGACUUCGCGAAUCCGCCAACAACCUCGAAGCUGAACAGGCUGGACAGAACCCGGAUGAUGUCAAUCCGGCGUUAAGGCUGAUUGACUUCUACGAAGAACAGCUUGCGGCAAAAACAUUUCCCCAGUUUGAAAUGGCGAAUGCUGUCUAUACGAGUGCCGUAUUACAACAAAGCGUCAGCAUCGGCCGUCAGGACAUGGAGAAGUGGGUUCGUCUGUGGAAUCAAUAA